AUGAUGCUGGUGGACGGCGCUUUCCUGCUCGAGUUCCUCACCAUCCACCACCACCACGCCGCCGCCGAGCCCGAGAGGGUCACCUUCUCUAACUGGACGUCGAGGAUGGCGCACCUCAUCGACCUGGGCGGGACCGGGCGGAAGUCCGCUCACAGCCUCAUCCUCCGCGACAUGCUCAUGCUCGAGAACCAGAUUCCGCUCUUCCUCCUCCGCGAGAUCCUCCAGGCGACAUGCCACUCCCAGUCCGUCGACGAGUCCACCACGCGGCUCACCUGCAUGGUGACGGGCCUCAUGAAGGAGCUCUGCCCGUUUAAGAUGGAGGGCAACAUCCCGGAGAAGCAGAUCGAGAGGGACAUCGCAAAGCACUCGCACCUGCUCGAGCUGCUCUACCGCCUGCUCGUGCCCAAGCCCAAGCCCUCUGAGGACGCCGCCCCGGCGUGGUCUGGCACCGUCGAGGAUGAUAUCGAGGAGCAGCGACCGGACGGUGAUGGCGGCCAAGAAGGCGAAGGCCCUUCCGCCGGCACCGGCAGCGAGUACGUGAUGCAACUGCUCUCCGCCAUGUUGAGCAUGGCGUCGAGGCUCAAGGGCGGCCGCCUGGGCCAUGUGAUGAAGCCGAUCGAGUUUGCGGCCAAGGCGCCGUGGAAGAUGCUCGCCGGCAUACCUGGCAUCUCGGCCUUGUCCAUGCACGCGGACGCAGACAUGAGCCAGGAGAUCGCGAUCCCAUCGGUGACCGAGCUGGCCAGCAGCGGCGUUCGGUUUAAGCCGACCAACGGCAACCUGUCCACCAUCAGCUUCAACCGCAAGACGGCGACGCUGCACCUCCCGGCGGUGACCCUCGACUGCAACACGGAGGUGGUGCUCCGGAACCUGGUCGCCUACGGGUCGUCCGCCGCGUCGGGCCCGCUGGUGUUCACCCGAUACAUGGAGCUCAUGAACGGCAUCAUCGACACCGACGACGACGUCACGCUGCUCCGCAAGCGCGGCGUGGUGAUCAACCGCAUGAAGAAGAGCGACGGCGAGGCCGCCAAGCUGUGGAACGGCAUGAGCCGCUCGGUGCAGCACUCCAAGGUGCCGGAUCUGGACGCGGUCAUCGAGGACGUGAACCGCUACUACGGCCGGCGGUGGAGCGUCAAGGCGAAGCGGUUCAUGCGCAAGUACGUGCUCAGCUCAUGGAAGAUGCUCACCUUCUUCGCCACCAUCAGCAUGCUGCUUCUCACCACCUUGCAGGCCUUCUGCUCCGUCUACACGUGCUCUCGGUGGUUCGGUGACGUUGUUGUAGCGGUCACGCCGACACCGAGAUAG